AUGGGUGAACCGCAGACCUUACACAAAACCUGCGUGCGGGUUAACUCCGCGGACGACGAGGAGUCCAGGGACGAAGUCGACCAUGACCUGCCAAAGAAAAACCCUUUUAUCCGGGGUUCAGACCCUCGCGUGGCGACGUGUCGCGGUCGCCUACAAACUCGCCGCUGCCAACUCAACCAGGAGAUCAAUAAGGAGUUGCGGCUACGAGCUGGUGCCGAGAAUCUGUUUAAGGCGACAACGAACAGGAAACUCCGCGAAACGGUAGCCCUCGAGCUGAGCUUCGUCAACUCAAACCUUCAGCUGCUGAAGGAGCAACUGGCCGAGCUCAACUCCUCGGUGGAACUGUACCAGAGUGACAGCAAAGAAUGUGUGAUGCCGAUGAUACCGCUGGGACUGAAAGAGACGAAAGAAAUCGACUUCAGGGAACCGUUCAAGGACUUCAUCCUGGAGCAUUACAGCGAAGACGCGACGGCAUAUGAGGACGCCAUCUCUGAUUUUAUGGACAUGAGACAGGCAAUAAGAACACCAGUCCGGUCGACCGUAGGCGUGGCUUUACUAUUUAAGUACUACAACCAGCUUUACUUCAUCGAGCGCCGUUUCUUCCCGCCUGAUCGGUCGCUGGGCGUCUACUUCGAGUGGUUCGAUUCUUUAACUGGGGUUCCAUCCUGUCAACGAACGGUAGCUUUCGAGAAAGCAUGCGUGCUGUUCAAUAUGGCCGGCAUAUACACGCAAAUUGGCGCUAAACAGGAGCGUAAGACGUGCGCGGGGCUGGACGGCGCGGUGGACGCGCUGCUGCGGGCGGCGGGCACGCUGCGCUACAUCCACGAGAACUUCACCAACGCGCCUUCUGUCGACCUGGCCGCCGACACGCUGCUCGUUCUCGGACUCCUCAUGACGGCGCAAGCUCGAGAGUGCCUGUUCGAGAAGCUGCAGCUACAGGCGCGGGAGGCGUGCGGCGGGCGCGAGCAGGCGCUGCACGCCGACCUGGACAUGUGCCUCGACCUCGCGCAGGAGAGCGCGCAGCUCGCGCACGUCUACACGCAACUCUACGAGAAGAUGCAGACCGAGGGUGUUUUUAAUUACGUGCCAUACUCGUGGGUUUCAUUGGUCCACGUCAAGACUGAAUUUUACAAAGCGCUGGCGCACCAAUACUGCGGCGCGGCGCUGCUACAGAGUGCCGGUGGACAGCGUGCGCGCGACCGCCUCGCCGCGCUGCAUGCCCCGCCGCCCGACGGAUCGAACGCUACAGAGCAAGAGUUGGAGCCGUUGGCGCUAGGCAGGGCGCACCUCGCCGAAGCGCUCACGCUAUAUGAAGAAGCCCUCAGAUUGCAGAGAAUGUGCCGUGAGCUGCGUGGCAAGGAGGCGCUGUGCCGCGCGGUGCAGACGCAACGGGAGCGGGCGGCGCGCGCGCGCGGCCUGCGUGCCGACGAACCUGACUUCGCGGACCUCGUCGACGCGCCCGCCAUCUUGCCUUCAUCAAAGUUCCAACUGGCAUUAACGCCGCCGGAUUUCGCGCAGCAUCGCGUCGAAGACCUCUUCAAAUCCCUUGGUCCUAUAGCGGUGUUCUCAGCGAAACGUCACUGGAGCGCUCCACGUCUCAUCCAACUGCAAAAGAACACGGAAAAGAGAAGGGAAGCGCGACGCGAUAAGAGAAACGGCAGAGAGGACGAUGAGAGUAAGAUCAGAAGACGACCGAGCGACAAACGCGACAGAUCCGAAGACAACAGCACGUACUACAAUCAGCUGAUCAGAGGAGAUGAUAAAUCUAUCGAUGAACGCGACAAGAGAGUGACCAAACAAAAUGGCGUCUAUAUCAACAGUUACAAUAACAACAAUUAUGAAUAUCACCCAAAAGUGAUCGAUUACGACAGAUAUGAAGAGCGCGACGGUAAAAUGGAGAACGGAAUCAGUAAUAGAGACAAUUAUAACAAAAUGAAGAACAGCAGAGAACAGAGGAAGGAUCCAUUGAGAAGGGUGGCGAGUGAAUAUAAUGUUUCCAAUAGUAAGGAGGAAGAAGGUUUCGGGUUCUCCGUUAGAGGCGAUGCGCCUGUUGUGAUAGCUGCGGUUGAACCGAAUUCUUUAGCUGAGAUUGGCGGGAUGCGGGAAGGCGACUUCAUCAUAUCGAUAGGAGAUAAGGACGUAAAGUGGAGUUCACACGAAGAGGUUGUGAGUCUCAUACAAGAAGCGGGAGAGUCGCUCACACUGCGUCUUGCAACGCCGAUGGACAAAAGUUGCGUCAAGGGUUGCGGGGUGGGCGGGGGUGCGGGCGCGGGCGCGGGGACGGGCGUGACGCGCUCGCAAGCGGGCUCGGUGUCGGGCGCGUCGAGCGCAUCCAGCGGCUCCACGCACACGGCGCGCUCGCCGCGCCGAGCACCUUCCUGGAAUCCCUUCCGCCGCGCACCACGCGAUCAUUCUAACACACAAACACACUCUAACGUCAUCUUCAGAUAG